AUGGCGGAACAGGUGAUAGUUGAGCAGAGGAAGGGGAUGCCGGCGACGUGUUUAGUAUCCUCGGAAAUUUCAUCCCCCCUGCUAGCACCUGAAGACGCCCCAGUCAAUGGCGGCCGUGCGCCCCUCUCAGCUGCUGUUGUAAAUCUUCACAAGACAAAUCAGGCCGUGGCACCAGUCUCAGUGGUCCCGCUACGGUGGCGGGCCAGCAGCCACGUGCGACCACAGCAGGAUGCUGAAGCGGAGUGCGAGGAGCCCGACGCGGACAGAUCGCACCUUACUGUUGUAACGCAGCGUGGCCCCAUUCACAAGGCGAGCGGUGACUGCUACAAGCAAGUCUCGCCGUCCGUAGGUGCUGUUUGGCCAAAUAUGUCAGCGAGAGUCACGGGCCCAUACUUCUCUGGAGGUAAAAGUGAGAACGCGGGGCGCCCAGGCACUAAUGCCGCUCUGUCACAAAGAUCGUGUUCUUUAAGCAAACCCCGAAUCGAUAAUACUUUGCAACGACCGAAUGAAAGAUCAUCAAGUGAGGCACAAAAUGGUGAUAGGGUCUCUGCUAGACGUAAGUUACGGCGCCGCCACAGCAGUAAUGCGCAAGGCAACAAUAACACGAACAACCUUGCAAAAUUGGACGUGGGCACGGAGAAUAAGCCGAACUCUUCUCCCCCUGGUGCUGUUGAUGGUGUCCGUUCAGCCGCUGGCCUCAACGGUUCCGUGAUACCGGUGCGUCUGACAGAUCUGGAGCGGCCUGUAGCGAAGCAGGGGCAAGUGAGUGUCCGAUCCAAGCAGAGCGGUGCAAAAAGUGCACGAAUUCGGCAGAAAAUAGUCAAUCUUUUUUUGUGCAAAUAUUCACUUCUUCGUGUCAUUGCUGAGGAGCAAGGGUUUAAGACGCAGGAAACAGAGGAGGAAUUGGAGAAAAAUCAAUUCAAUCUCAUAUGGUCUGAUACAGUGCUCCCUCUUACGCGUCUGGUCCGUAUGGCAAGCUGGCAGCGUACAAAUCACUUCCCCUCGAUGUAUCUGCUCUGCCGCAAAGGGCACCUGGGCAUUACACUCGGUAAGAUGCGCAAGUUGUUGCCCUCACACUUUCUCUUCUACCCGAGGACAUGGUCACUUCGUAGCGAUCGACAUCAGUUUUCUCGUUUCAUGAUGGCGUUACGAGCCAAGAGGGUGUCCAAGUUUUUUAUUCUAAAACCAAAUUCCGGCUGUCAAGGCCGUGGUAUUGUUAUUUCUAGAGAUCCAUUAAACGCUGUGGAGGACUUGGAUAACUACAUUGUGCAGGAGUACGUUACCAGGCCACUUUUGCUGGAGGGGCGUAAAUUUGAUCUUCGUGUAUACGUGUUAUUAACUUCCAUUCGCGCCCCCUCCAUAUUUAUGUUUAAAGACGGACUUGUGAGAUUGUGUGCCGAGUUGUACGAAAAGCCGACGGACAGUAAUGCUCGUAACGCGUGUAAACAUCUGACAAACUAUGCCGUGAACAAGCACAGUCCAGAGUAUGUGUUUAACGAUGAUGUUGCAAAUGGAAAUGUUGGCAACAAGCGGAACUUUAAAUUUUUAAAUGAAUGGUUAGAGUCAUCGGGAAAGCGCCCAGAGGACUUUUGGGAGACAAGUUGCUCAUCUCCAAUUUGCAAAACCC